AGAAAAAAAACAGGAAGCGUCAAUAAAAUUCAUAUGUUGCAUUGCAAUUAUCAAUAAAUUUUAAGCGUUUGGAUUUGAAUUUUGGCGUCUAGCUUCUAUGUAGUUAAUUCACGGCAACCCGCGAACUGUAACGAUACACCCAGGUUUUAACCCACCUGCCGCAAACGACGCAUGUAAUCUACGAUCUCAACAAGGAAAUGCCGAAGGUUGCACGCCUCACUGGAGGAGUUAUUUUGUGUUUUCUGCAAAACAUGAUAGGAAUUAGACAUCUACGGCGGAAGCUCAUGGCUGUUUAGGACUGCCCUGACCGUCACGGGUCUGCUUUAGCUGAUGCUUUUGUGCAUUGGCUGCUGAAUUUGAAUGACUGAAGAGAAAUGGAAGAUGUGAUCAGUCUCAGCUCAGACGACUCCGAUGUGGAGAUCGUCGGCUCUUACUGUACAUUCAUUGCCAAGCCUGACCCGAUGCCUCUCUCCGCUGUGCGGGUUGAAGUCGAUGCCGUGAAGCUCGCCCUCCCACCGAAUUAUAUCGACCUUACAGAUCCAAGAUGGACUCUUCCAGAGCUGCGGAGAAGGCAAAAUGGCACUGGCACUGGCACAGCAGUAGUAGACUUGACUGAAAAUGAAACAGAGCAGGAGACAGAGAAUUUGCCACCAGAUAACUGUCAAUCAAAAAACACAAACACAAAUUUAAAUCACAUCUCACAAAGUCAAGAUUAUAAUCACCAAAAAACUCCUUUGACAGAUUCCGUUGUUUGUGCUCCACAGCAGGACUGUGGUGACCCAAAACCAAAGCAGAGACGUCUAAAUCCUCAAAUACCUGAAACACAACACCCCAAAAAGGACAAUAAAGCAGCCCCCUGCACUAACACACCAGCUGUAAAGUUGAAACGAUUGCCUUUUCUAGAAACGCAUGUUGCAGAACUGAAAACCUCAAAGUGUUCUGUCUAUGUGACCAAAGAUUGUACCCAAAUGUCUCUGAACAAUCACGGUGAAACACCUCAUUGCAAUAGUAAUUUAAGUACAAAUACGAGUCCAAACAUUUCUAACAUGGAGCCUUUGUUUGAUGCAUCUCCUUCUAAGGAUGGACAAGAAAACAACAGUGAGGAAUGUCCAAACACACAGGUACAAGAUGAUGAACUACAGCACCUACAUAGCCCUGCUGAUUCUCCUUGCUCAGUCGGGCAAAACUCUGUUGGAAGUUCAAAAGAGCAUAGCACACAUGAUGGUCAGAGCGAUGGAGUUAGUUCAGCUCUGCCCAUUACAUCCAUAGAUUUGGCUUCUUCAUCUCAGGACGAAGAACAAAUGGAAUCCCCCUGUUAUGACCUGAAUCAGCCAAAAUUAGACGAACCUGAAGAAUCCAGGCAAUCCUGCAGCUCUGGUAACUCAUCCCCCUACUCUCCUACUACUGCAUCAAACUCUUCUGAGGCUUUUGAGCCUGACCCUCCCUCCAAUACAAGUCCUAUAUCUCAUAGUCACAAGAGCCCUGCUGGGUCAUCUCCUAGAUCCGAAUCAGUUGAAGAUAUGCCUGAAUGGCAGGAGACUGAGACGUACAAGGGGGAUCUUGGACUUUACAGUCCAGGGUCUUUCCCAUGGGAAGAUGAAAGUGAUGGAGAAGACAUGAAUGAAGAGACCAUGGACUGCAGGGCGGUCAGCAGAGAGGAUAGACAUUUUGUGUGCCCAUCUACACUCAGGAAAUUACUAGCUGGAACAACAAAAAAAGCAAUGAUUGAAGAGGAUGAUGAAGAUUUUGGAACUCCUGAGGUGCUAUGUCGCCAGAGUCUGAGUCUGGUUUACAGUACAAUUGAUGAGAACUACCCAGAAGGCACUUUGCAGCUAUUGUCUGACCUACUACAGCCUGGUUACUAUCCCCCCAGAGAUAUCACCUCCCACCUACUCCACGGCAUUCUGCUCGACCUACAGUCUCCUCAUCACCUCUGCGUGCAGGCUUUUAAGCUCCUGAUGAGGUCACAAAGGCACCACAUGGUUGAUAAAAACACGGUUCCAUGGGAUUGGGAGUUACUGACCUCAGUCAUGACCGAUGAGGAGCACACACACAGGCAUCGGUGUGAUGUUGUGCGCAUGUUCCUGGAGUACAUUGUGCAGACUUUGGAGGACGACUUUCGGGCUAAAUGCUCUACAUCCUCCUUGCACCAUUCGAUCGCAAAAGGAACAUUGUCGUGUGAUCAGCAGUUUCCCCGGGUUAGGGAAGUCAUCAAGUGGCUGUUUUCUGCCAUUAUGAAAUCAACAGAGCAUGGAAAGGGUAGAGAAACAACCCAAGAAAGAGAAUAUAUGAGAAUGGUGUCCUGCUUACAAAGGAUGCUCUCUCUGGCUCUGGAGGUGGACUGUUCUCCUGCUCUAACCUCUGCCAAGCUGUCCCAAGAGCUCUUCCAUAUGCUCAUCAGUAACGUGCCCCUACGAGCUCACAGGAUGUUGUUGUUGGAGAGCCUACAGAGUAAGCUGCUGAGAUGUAAGCUGUUGGAACAUCUGCUGGACUAUGCAUGCCCAGUGAAAAUCUCACUGCCCAUGUCGCUCAGUCUGCUGCUUCACUUUCUAAAACACUGCACUGUAGCACCAGACCCUACGGAUGGCACUGAAAAGUGGCUCAAGUGGGAGGAGUUGGUGCAUCUCCUCUGGAUGUUGCUGCUCAGCUAUAACAAAGCAAUGAAAGGCUAUCUCUGCAACUCAUUAACAGAGCCCAGAGGCAGAGUUGGUAUGUCAGUCUAUAAGCCUGAUGACAGGGUGUCACGACCUGCUGUUCAGGAAGCUGUUGAAGCCUUUAUGUCCAGAUCUCAGGCUGACCUCGACCAAGCCUUACCUCUCCAUGUGGAAGAGUCCUUAACUUAUCUACAGGAUCAUCUCCUAGAUGUCUGUCAGUGUUAAAUAAAAGAGUGUGUGUUUCA